GUCUUUUAGUUCAAUAGAACUGAAAUUUUAAUACCAACUCAUCAUGUUCAAGUUGUUCGUUCUCGCCUGCCUGAUGGCCGUAGCCGCAGCUAAGCCAGGAGUAGUCGCUCCAGUGGUUUCAGCGCCCCUGGUUACGAGCUACGCCGCUGCUGCUCCACUUGCCUACUCCGCCUAUGCUUCACCUUACGCAUAUGCAGCACCAUACGCUUACAAGAGCGCCUAUUCACCCUACGCUUACUCCGCUUACUCCGCUUACUCGGCUCCUCUGGCUUACAGCGGAUACUCCGCCGGCUACGUUUCGCCCUAUGCCUACAGCGCUGGAUACUACAAAGCCCCACUGUUCGUAUUCGCCUGCCUAGUUGCGUUUGCUGCUGCCAAACCAGGAUAUGUUGCGCCUAUUGCCUCUAGCUACGUAGCUGCUCCAGUUGCUUACUCUGCAUACUCCUCGCCGUACGCCUACGCUUACAAGAGCGCCUAUUCACCCUACGCUUACUCCGCUUACUCCGCUUACUCGGCUCCUUUGGCUUACAGCGGAUACUCCGCUGGCUACGCGGCCUACGUCGCGCCUUAUGCCAGUACCUACAACGCACAUUCAAUAAAUCAUGCUAUAGCCACACCAGUCAUACAUCAGGCACCAGUGAUAUCUGCUCCACUAGUAGCUGCUGCUCCAGCCUUGUCAGCAGCCCCGUUGGCGUACCAUGCAGCUGCUCCGUUAGCAGCUGCUUAUAGCACGCCUUUCAUAUAUAAGUAA